CGUAGGCAAAAGCGAGCGAUACUUCGAUUUUCUGGGAAGGUUACAAAUAAUAAUUUUUGGAAGUGAAUGAGAAAUUGAUUUGUGUAAAUUAAAAAGCAAAUCUGUUAAAACCAACACAUGAUUAAGUUAAAACUGUGAAGUGUGUGUCCAAAAUGAUGUCAGAUUAUUUCGAGCAUUACCACCGUUGCGAGACACUUGCUGAAUUUAAUUUUUACUUUGGAGACGAUACUGAGGACGAAAUUGAUGAUGACGAUAACUACAUUUACUGUUACUGCAGCAGAGUCUUCAUUAAAGAUGGAGUCAAAACAUAUUACGUAGACAAGGAGUAUGGUAGUGAGAGUGAUGUGGAGGUCCUCCGUGACUCGCAGUCCCAGGAUUUGGAAGACCACUCUCAUGUACACUUCUCUUUAGAUACUUCAUACAAAAACAAGUGUGAGAGAGAUGAAGGUGCAAGCUGCUACUGCAGUGCAUCUCACACAGACAACUGUUGCUCCACUGACGAACAUGAUGCGGUUCACACUCACGGCACAAUGUCCCAUGCCUUACAGCCCAGUGACAGUGGAGCUGACCUCACCUACCAGGACUACCACUCCGACACACAUGACAAACUUGAACGUAUGGACCAUGAUGACCCUGAUACUGUUGAAAACUAUCUCACCGAAGAUACUUGGGAGAAGUAUUGGGCCGUACAUGGAGAAAGACUCAUAUGGGCUUCCUGGAUCAAAAAGUAUAGUGAUUACAUCAAUCCAGCAUACCUUGAUGACAAUAAUGGACUUAUUAUGGACGAACAUAAUAUACCGAAACAACAUUCUAUAGACCAAAUUUAUAUGAAACAAACUGAUCCUAGUCCAAAAGCCGAUGAUGAUAUGAGGGAGCGAAAAUUCUCUUAUGAUUCAAAAGUAAACCCUUAUAAGAAACGCAAUACUAGUCAAAUGGAGAAGGUUGAUAAGAAUAAUGAGGUGAAUAAAGAUGAAGCAUUUCUGCCAAUAGCAAGGAGGCGCUCUUGUUCAGAGCAUGACAGAAUAAUAAGUCCUAGAACUGUUGCUGGUACUGACUCCAUGACUAAUGUCACCAAACUUACAUUAUCAAGCUAUGAUGUCACUUCUAGCCAUGUGACCUCAGAAUCCACGCCCACUGACACUGACUACAGUGUGUCAUCAUCUUCAUCUGACGACCCUUCAAAUGAUCAGACAAGAAUAGUCAAUAUAGAUGAUAAGUAUGAAAAUACGGAUAUGCCAACAGAAGAGAUGGACUCGGAGCAAUACUGGCAGUUUCUAUGGAAGAAACAUUUUGGGGAGCAGUAUGCGCUACACUUUGCAAACUAUACUGAAUGUCACAGUGCAACAGAGAAGCAAGUUCCUGAAAUACAAAUUGAAGUUAUACCAGAACCGGUUAAAGUAGAAGAAAAGCAGAUAGAGAUUGAAUGCGAAAACAGCGAAGGGAACUCACAGGAAACGCCAACAGUUAUAGAAAUUCAGAACCAGGUUAACGAAAUAAGUUUAGAAGAAAAAAGUAAAGUGAGGAAGAAGAAUAAAAAGAGUAGUACAAAGUAUAUUACGUCAGUCGGAGUGCUGCUACAGAAUUUAUUGAAAGAGGAACAAAUGAAACAAGAUGAGCUGGUUGAUGGUGGAGAUGGCACAGAUAAUCAGACGAAUGAUACAAAGAAACAGGAGACGGAUGCUGUUAACAGUACAAGUAAUUCAAGAGAUGUGCAGCCUGUAAAUAAUUGUAAUAUUAAUUCGCAUAGCUGUGACGGCGACGACGAACCACCUGAGGAAACUCCUGUGUUAUUGAAAAGAAGCCAUGAACAAGAUGACGAGGCCGAAGAAGAUAUAGCCCAUGCUAAAAUAAAGAGCACUUUCCAAAUGAUGGGUUUCUGCGUGCACCCCGACAAGUUGCCUAAAGGUGAACUGAUAUAUAGGAAGCGUCCCACGAGGCUGCGCCCUCCGAGGGUCAAGAGGAAUGUAAGCAGGAAGACUUAUUAUGAUGAUGAUGGUAACCCGUAUACUGUUGAUCAGCCUAACCAAACCAAAGAAUCCCCUGAUGAAAUGCAAACUGAUGAUGACUGUAACGACGUGAAGUCAGACACGGAAAGGGCCGAGGACGCUCCCUUAGGAACUCCCCGAAGCCGCAAGCAUCAAGUAUCGAAGGAUGCUAGCAUGGAGGAAGAUAGCGUCAAACUGGCUGAAGCAGCUGCAAUACCUUUGCCUGGUGACGCGGAAGAUUCGAACGAUGAAGAUAAUGAGAAGAAAGAAGACGAUAGUAGUUUGAUUCAGCAAGUGGAGCCUAAACGUAGGAAACGACCAAAGAGGUAUGCUAAGUUGGAGGAAGAUGUGAAUACUUCUGGCAUGCCAGAUGAACUGAAGAAUGAUCCCGCCAUGUAUAAGUACUGGAAGAAGAGACACUCGCUGUUUCAUAGGUUUGACGAAGGCAUAAUGCUAGACCGUGAGAGUUGGUUCAGCGUGACACCGGAGAACGUUGCGUGGCAUAUUGCAAACAAAUAUGUUUAUGAUGUGGUGUUGGACGCAUUCUGCGGUGCCGGCGGGAAUACUAUACAGUUUGCACAUACUAGCAAGAAAGUGAUAGCAAUAGACAUCGACCCACAGAAAAUCACAAUGGCUAAACAUAACGCCACAGUCUAUGGUGUCGCCGACCGUAUCGAGUUCCUUGUAGGAGACUUCUUCGAACUGGCGCCGAACUUGAAGGCGGAUAUGGUGUUCCUUAGCCCACCGUGGGGAGGACCUAAUUAUAGUGAUAAUCAUGAGUAUGAUUUGGAAACAAUGUUGGAACCGAAGCCAGCGUCUGAACUCAUGAAGGUGGCUCGAACAAUAUCUUCCAAUAUAUCAUUUUACUUACCUAGGAACUCGAGACCAGAUCAGAUUCUAUCGUUAGCAAAAGAUGUUGGUGGCACGGUGGAGAUCGAAGAAAGCUUCCUCGAUCGAAGAUUCGUAGCUAUAACAGCAUAUUUUUACUGAAAUAUUAAAACUAACGUUUUGAAAAAUAUUGUGACUGGGAAUUAUAACGAUAAUCUAACACCACAGAUAAGUUAGCAAAUGGAUAUUGAUAAAUCAAUUUUACCAAGUUAAUGAGGUAAUCUAAAUAAAUAGAUGACUGAUUAAUUUGGUGGUAAUUCUUGGUGCUGAUGCAUUUAUUCGUCAAGUCAUAGUGAUAAGAAAAAAUCAUGCUAACAUUCCAUUUGCUAUCUAUUCUGUGUUUAAAAGAUUGUAUGACUGUUUUUGUGUGCACUUGUGUACUAAAAUUAGGUCUUCGCAUACACUGAUGUAUCUCUGUCUGUCUAAAUACUU